GAUUGGUGGCAGCGCUUGUCGCUCGGAGGGGGCUCGGGCUCUGCUCGGUCGCUGCCACCGCCGCGGUUCUCCAGAGCAGGCGCGCGGGUGGGAUCCAGCAGGCAGCAGGCGCCGGCGAUGGGAAGCAGAGCCGCCGCAGCCCCGGGCAGUGGCAAAGUUUUCCAGACGUACGGAUCGCAUCCUGCCACUGCCGACCACCAGUGACCGGCCUGGGAAAGGCUCAGAGAUUUUGAAUUUUGGGGGGGAAAAAAAAAUCCACCUCAUUUCCUUUGUGGAGCUCUGUCUCCGGGUAGCCAGCGGCGCGAGCUGCAAACUUGGGCACGCAAGCUUGCAGGACCCGGGGUCCCAGCUUUGGAGAGCCUCCGGACAUAGGUGCGGGGGCGGGCACCCAGCGUCCCCGGGCGUGCCAGAGGGGUGUGAGCACGGGAAGUCCGGGGUGCGCAGCAAGGAGGGGCCCCGGGAGCACUAUAUGGAGGGACCCCAGAAUGGUGUGCACCAGGAAGACCAAAACUUUGGUGUCCACUUGCGUGAUCCUGAGCGGCAUGACCAACAUCAUAUGCCUGCUGUACGUGGGCUGGGUCACCAACUACAUCGCCAGUGUGUAUGUGCGGGGGCAGGAGCCGGCGCCGGACAAGAAGCUGGAGGAAGACAAAGGGGACACCCUGAAGAUCAUCGAGCGGCUGGACCACCUGGAGAAUGUCAUUAAACAGCAUAUCCAAGAGGCUCCUGCCAAGCCUGAGGAGGCAGAGGCUGAGCCCUUCACGGACUCUUCCCUGUUUGCACACUGGGGUCAGGAGCUCAGCCCAGAAGGCCGGCGUGAGGCUCUAAAGCAGUUCCAGUACUACGGCUACAACGCCUACCUCAGUGACCGCCUGCCUCUCGACCGGCCGCUGCCAGACCUCAGACCCAGUGGAUGUCGCAACCUGUCAUUCCCCGACAGCCUGCCGGAGGUGAGCAUCGUGUUCAUCUUCGUCAACGAAGCUCUCUCAGUGCUGCUGCGCUCCAUCCACUCGGCCAUGGAGCGCACACCACCACACCUGCUCAAGGAGAUCAUCCUGGUGGACGACAACAGCAGCAACAAGGAACUCAAGGAAAAGCUGACAGAAUACGUGGACAAGGUGAAUGGCCAGAAGCCAGGCUUCAUCAAAGUUGUGCGUCACAGCAAGCAGGAAGGCCUCAUCCGCUCCAGGGUCAGUGGCUGGAGGGCGGCCACAGCCCCUGUGGUAGCACUGUUUGAUGCCCAUGUGGAAUUCAAUGUGGGCUGGGCUGAGCCUGUCCUCACGCGUAUAAAGGAGAACAGGAAACGGAUCAUCUCACCAUCUUUCGAUAACAUCAAAUACGACAACUUUGAGAUAGAAGAAUACCCGCUGGCCGCCCAAGGCUUCGACUGGGAGCUGUGGUGCCGGUACCUAAAUCCACCCAAGGCCUGGUGGAAGCUGGAGAACUCCACAGCCCCGAUCAGGAGCCCUGCUCUCAUCGGCUGCUUCAUUGUGGACCGGCAGUACUUCCAGGAGAUCGGCCUGCUGGAUGAAGGCAUGGAGGUCUAUGGAGGCGAGAAUGUGGAGCUCGGGAUCAGGGUGUGGCAGUGUGGUGGGAGCGUGGAGGUCCUGCCCUGCUCUCGGAUUGCCCACAUCGAGCGAGCCCAUAAGCCCUACACAGAGGACCUCACUGCUCAUGUCCGCAGGAACGCUCUCAGGGUAGCUGAAGUCUGGAUGGAUGAAUUUAAAAGCCAUGUCUACAUGGCAUGGAACAUACCCCAAGAGGACUCAGGAAUUGACAUCGGAGACAUCACAGAAAGGAAGGCUCUGAGGAAGCGGCUGCAGUGUAAGACCUUCCGGUGGUACCUGGUCAGUGUGUACCCGGAGAUGAGGAUGUACUCAGACAUCAUCGCCUAUGGAGUGCUGCAGAAUUCCCUGAAGACUGAUCUGUGUCUUGAUCAGGGGCCAGAUACAGAGAACGUCCCCAUUGUGUACAUCUGCCAUGGGAUGACACCCCAGAAUGUGUACUACACCAGUGGUGAGCAGAUCCACGUGGGUGUCCUGAGCCCCACGGUCGAUGACGAUGACAACAGGUGUCUGGUAGACGUCAACAGCCGGCCACGGCUCAUCGAGUGCAGCUACGCCAAGGCCAAGAGGAUGAAGUUACACUGGCAUUUCUCUCAGGGUGGCCCCAUCCAGAACCGUAAGUCCAAGCGCUGCCUGGAGCUGCAGGAAAACAGCGAAAUGGAGUUCGGCUUCCAGCUGGUUCUGCAAAAGUGCUCAGGCCAACACUGGAGUAUCACCAACGUCCUGAGGAGCCUGGUAUCCUGACCCUCCGAGCCGUUGCCAGCCACCGCUUUGCUACUAUGUAGCAUCAGCUGCAGUGUCACCUGCUGUCACGUGGGGUUGUUUGGAGUCUGGGGUGGGGGGGGAGUCAGGUUAGUCACCUCUCCCACAAAAGAGCUUUUUAUUUCCUAUCAAUUUUCAUGGGGUUUAUAGAGAGAUGCUGAGAGGUGGGCGAAGGUAUAAUAUCAAACUAUUUUGCAACUAUAAAUUAUAAGAUAUUUAUAAAUGACAAUAAAAUACGAUUGAUUAAGAAAAUGG